CGCGGUUAAGCUAGUGGCAGGCGCGUCCCUGUCUGCACAAUUUGAUGCCCCCCUUUCCGUCUGCAACUGCAACGUCGACAAGUACGUAGCACGUCGCGACCAACAACAGCCUCGGCAUUGCAAUCCAGAACACAAGGUCGCCGCCGAGCCGUGCUCACAUAGCAUCAAUAUUCUAGAGAUCCCAAGCCACUGAGCUUGGGCGCGGACCGCAGCCAUGGCGUCGUACAGCUCGCCCGCGCGGAAACCCACGCCCAGCAAAGGCACCAGUCGCGGGGAUGAUGGCGACCUGGCAAACUCGCUCAAGCGCCUCUCCAUCGCCCAGUCCCGAUCCUCUCCGAACGCAGGCCACUUGGCUGCCCGCUCGUCCACCUCGAUGAGCUCGCGAUCGCCCAUCUCCCCUAGCAAUCGUUCUCCGAGCUCCAUGAGCGUCCGGGGCCCCGCGUCUCGCGCCUCCCUGGGUGCUGCCCGCUCCGAAUCACGCGCCGACCCCCCAAACCUGCUGCGCAAGGCCUCGCUUAACUCGAUCCGGUCCGCGAGCGCUAUGGGCGCCGCGCCGCUCCGCCGCGCGAGCUCCGUCAAGUCGCCAAACGGCCCGCGUUCCCCCCUCAGCCCCUCGCCUCCCGAGGCGAAGCCCGCGCCUACGGCGGCCGCGGUCGCCAGCGAUUACUUCAGGACCGAGCUGGCCGUCCGCCACGGCGAAAAGCUCGAUCUGACAUCCGAAACGGUCGUCGUAAUGCACGACAGCUGCUACGGCCACAGAUACUCGCGGCCCCGGACCUCCAAGGUCGGCCUGGGCACCAUAGUGGAGCGCCCCGAAAGGCUCAAGGCCAGUGCACUCGGCGUGGCCGCAGCCUACGUUCGCCUGGGCGAGCGGCAUGCGGACGGAGCCAAUCCUAUCCAUCCAAGGCUCGAUCCUGCCUCGAUCGUCUCGGUCCCGUUCCGGAUCCACAAGACCACGCGCCGACUUUCUCUUAGCUCGCAGACGGUGACCAACGUCCAUGGCACCAAAUGGAUGGAGGAGCUGAAACUGAUGUGCGAAACGGCCGAGUCCAAGCUUGCCACGAACGGCAAGGAGCUGGCGCGGCCCGAGAUGAACCGUGGCCCGGACCAGCAGGGCGCCCCGCAAAAGUUCCACGAGGGAGAUCUCUACCUCUGCGCCGAGUCGCUGGAUGCGCUUGAGGGCUCCCUGGGUGGUGUUUGCGAGGCCGUCGACGCCGUAUUUAGUCACAUGAAUCCGGCGAGGCGAGCUUUUGUGGCCAUACGCCCUCCUGGCCACCACUGCUCGGCCUCGUAUCCGUCAGGCUUCUGUUGGGUGAACAACGUGCACGUGGGUAUCAUGCACGCCAUCCAGAGCCACGGGCUCACGCACGCGGCCAUUAUCGAUUUCGAUCUGCACCACGGCGAUGGGUCGCAGGCGAUCGCGUGGCAGCACAAUGCGCGCAGCGUCGGCCUGGCCAAGAACGCGGCCUGGUGGAAGAAGACGUCGAUCGGCUACUUCAGUCUGCACGACAUCAACUCGUAUCCCUGUGAGAUGGGCGACGAGGAGAAGGUGAAGAACGCGAGCCUGUGCAUUGAGAACGCUCACGGCCAGAACAUCUGGAACGUGCACCUGAUGCCUUGGAAAACCGAGGCCGAUUUCUGGCGCCUGUACGAGACCAAGUACUCGAUUUUGCUCGAGAAGACACGAGAGUUCCUCCGGGCUCAGACAGAUAGGUUCCGCUCCGUGAACCAGAACGUCAAGGGCGCAAUCUUCCUGUCUGCCGGAUUUGACGCCAGCGAGCACGAGGGGUCUGGCAUGCAACGACACAACGUCAACGUUCCCACCGAGUUCUACGCCCGCCUCACGCGGGAUGUGGUCAAGAUUGCCGCCGAGGAGGGCACGAGCGUUGAUGGCAGGGUGAUUAGCGUGCUGGAGGGCGGUUACAGCGACCGUGCCCUCUCGUCGGGCAUCCUGAGCCACUUGAGCGGCCUGGCUGGCGACGACCCGGCCCCGACCGCCAAGCAGGACCAGUUUAACGGACUGGCCUUCGAUAUGGGCCAGAAGCUUGGCGAGACACCCUCCCACAGCCGCAAGACAUCGCUGGCAACUCACAGCCGCAGGGAAUCUCUCAACCUCAAGAACAUCAUACCCCUUACGCCAUACGAGCCGACCUGGUGGAGCCUCGCUGAGCUCGAGCAUCUUGAGGCUACCAUGGCUCCCCCUCCAUCGAUAGAUGCCAAGAAACCGCGCAAUCUCUUCCCGCCCACAUACUCGUCGCCCACGCAGUCUUCGCAGGCCAAAGCAUCCUACACGCCAAAAGUCCGCCGGAGUUUCUCGGGAAUGUCGCUCUCGCCUAGCUCGAGGGCGCCUUCGCCUCCUCCACCGGAUGUGCCGUGGACAACGGCGGCAUACGAGCUCAGCAAGCUGCUAGUACCUAGCGAACGGCAGACCGACAGCUGUACUCACGAGGACCUGAAUGCCGAGGCAACGCGCCAGCGGCGAGACCGCCAGUCUCUUGCGUUGGGAGAGUCGACAGACGGGCCGACCUCUGCCACUCCCGCGCCCGUGCCGACUAGGAUGUCAUUGCGGGAACGCAAGGUGGUCAAGUCUUAUGUAGAAGAGGACGAGAAUGAGUUUCUGAAGGCUAGCAGCCGUCGUAAGACUGUCGCUGGAACAUCGCUGCUUGCGUCCGAGAAGGCGACCGCUCGCGGUGUACCUGGGACUGGUGCUGCUAAAUCCAAAGCACUCGCGCGACGCCUUAGUGAUGCGUCGGCGGUUUUGUCCGAGGUUCCUGAGAAGCCACCUGUACCACAAACUCUGACUGUCAAUGCCCAUGUGGGUAGACCCGGAACUUCACAAAGCAUUCGGCCGGAGUCAUCGGCUAGUGUGCGCGCCCCACCUGGUGCCGGCAACUCACAGGCCGUUAAGAAGACUAGGACCGUCGCGGCAAAGAAGGAAGCCCCCGUCAAGGCCACGCGGACCGUGAAGAAGACGUCUCCGCCGCUUAAGCCGGCUAAUGUUGCAGCGAAAGUUGCGGCACCGGCUCCCACAACGACCAAGGCACAGACCACAUCAUCUGCAGCAUCCGUAGCUUCUCGAGCCAAAGCGUUUGACUCGGCAUCGACAUCGAGCCGAGCCGGUUCGACUGCGGCUACAAGCACUGUCAAUGACGACAUGGACGGCAUCACGUCUGGUUUCAAGAAGAUCAAGAUAACGCUCCUAACUAAGGACCAGAAAGAGGCACGCGAGAAGGCCGAGAAGGCCAAGUCGGGGACGGCGGCCAUCAAGCCCGGCAAUAAGGGUCCUAGCGUGUCGACGCCGACAGAGGAGCGGCUUCCGCCGGUGCUGGUGGCGGGCAGCGCUCCGGAGAGGAUACAGUCGUCUUCCUCGGGCACGAAGAAGGCGACCAAGAAGGAGAAGGACGUGACGCCCGCCCCGUCACCGACCCUCGCGCACGCGCACCAGCCGCCAGCUCUGUCGCCAGCCAACAGCCACAGCUCUCCGACCACGAUCCCCCCUGGGCCGCUGACGCCGGACGUGUUUGUGCAGUUUCAGCCCGAGGGCCCGUCACCGAAGGCGGUGCCGCAACCACAGCCGGCUCUGCAGUGGCUGCCGCCCAACGCGGGCACCCCCUCGCCUAUGAAGCGUCAGGAGCUGCCCGUGUUCACGUCUACGUCGGCCAUACCCUUUGCCGGCUCGCCGCCGCGGGCGGCUGGUGCUACGGACCUCGCGGGCGGCUCGGACGCACCAGAAACUCCACGGCAGAAAUGAGGGAUUUCUGCACUGGUCUGUGGGGGAUUCGAUAUGACGGUCUCGCUCUGCCGCCUGGGGCUGGCGUUAUUCUUUUCGCGUGUGCCAUUUGCUGCCGCACGUGGCGAGUGCUUUGCGAGGCGUUGGCAGAAGGGGAGCGGGGGAAGAAGGGGGAAACAUGAAGAAUGACCGCCUAUUGCGGGGGCGCGAAUGGUGUAGACGGUGUUGGAUGUUUUUUUUUUAGAAGGGUCAGCGAAAUCAGUCUGCUUGUUGUUACCGGGGCGCGUCGUCGCUUCGGCUUUGGUUUCUUGUUGUUGAUUGCAUUUUAUUCCCAUUAUUCCCAUUAUUCCUGUUAGAUUGGGGGCUCACGGCUCGUCGUUCGUUGUUGGUCUUGUUUGCUCAUUUUCCAUUAUAUUAUCAUUUGGCUUGUCUUUGUUGGUCUUGCCACUGUGGUAGGAGUUGCAAGAUUCCAGACGCCUGCUGCUUUCUAGAGCGCAAGCGUGUAAUACCGAUACCCCAUACAUUAGUGUAUUCGAAUCGCGUGGUCUUUGCCGCUGUUCUCUGUUGCGGCGUGAGUGGAGUCAAG